AUGUCUCGCCAGUCCACCACAAUCAAUCCGCCGAACAUUCCCGAGCCACAACCUCAGUUUUCCCAGGUCAACACCUUCACUUUCCAGCCAGGCGACAAGCUGGUGGCCAUCACCGGACAACUAGCCAUUCAGCCGAACCCUUCGGAUCCCGUUCCGACAGGGUUCGAAGACCAGGUUCGAUUGGCAUUGCAGAAUCUUGAGAACUGCCUCAAAGCUGCGGGUGCCACCAAGCGAGACAUCUUCAAGGUCACUCAUCACGUUGUGGACUUCGACCAUGAAAAGCAAAAUCCAGCGAAAGUCUUCAUCGAUUGGCUGGGAAGCGACUUCCGACCAGCGAGUGCAAUGUUGCCAGUACAGAGACUUGCCGGACCGGGCUUGAUGUAUGAGAUUGAGACUUGGGCGAUUGUGCCAGCGAAAUAA